AGCCGGGACAAUCGAAUAAUGUGAAGGUAAUGGUAAAACUUCGUCCCCUAAUAGGACGCGAGAUCGAAAGCAACGAAAAAAUAUGUUGGGAAAAAGUUUCGGACAACGAAAUUGUCGAAUUGGAUGCCACAACUCCGAGUAAACCGUGCAUUUAUGAUCAUGUCUUUGGCGGUGCGGAUUCGACACAAUCGCUUUACGAAAUGGCAAUUUCCCAAAUUGUGGACUCGUGUGUGCAAGGUUUUAAUGGCUCCGUGAUGGCUUACGGGCAAACAGCGUCCGGGAAAACCUACACAAUGAUGGGAAAUGACAAAAAUAAGGGAAUUAUUCGACUUGUGGCCGAAAAUAUUUUUGAUAUUGUCGAAAAACAUGAUGACAGAGACAUUUAUAUGGUGCGAUGUUCGUUUCUGGAGAUUUAUAAUGAGAAAAUUAAUGAUUUGCUGGCGCCUGAGAAGACAAAUUUGGAAGUUUUUGAAACGCAGGAUGGAGCAGUGAUGAUAAAAGAGGCAACGGAAAAAGUUGUGAGGAAGGCGACGAAUGUGCUGGAUUUGAUUGAACAAGGAAAUGCGACGAAACGGAUGGGAGAAACGGCGAUGAAUGAUAGAUCUUCGCGGUCGCAUACGAUUUUUAGAAUUAUGAUCGAAUCCCAAGAGCAACACGAAGAAGGUUCAUCCAUCAAAAUGGGCAUUUUAGACCUUGUCGAUCUCGCCGGUUCAGAAAGUGUCAACAAAACAAACGCCACAGGAGAUCGUCUCAAGGAAGGAAUCUCCAUAAACAAGUCACUUUUGGAAUUGGGACGUGUCAUCAAAGAACUUUCUGAGAAAAAAGAGGGCGAAGACAAGUUCAUCGUGUUCCGAAACUCCAAACUAACUCGAGUCAUCCAACAUUCCUUGGGCGGAAAUGCCAAAUCUGUCGUUAUUUGUACUGUCAGUCCUGCUGAAAGAGAAGAAACUCGAAAUACUUUGAGAUUCGCUUCUCGUGCUAAAAACGUCAAAAACACGCCCAAACUGAACGAAAUCCUCUCGGAUCAGGCGAUGAUCAAGCGUUUGAACCAAAAAAUCACCGGAUUACGAAAACAAAUUGCCGAAAUGGCACGUCAAAGUGCCGGCGUAGGUCACACUGCCGAAUCCAUGCGACAAGACAUCAUCGAUCGCAUUGAACGGUGCGAAAUGCAGUUCAUUCGCUCGAAAAAAGCGUCGCGCAAGCAAAAUUUACGACGACAAACGUGGCAUUGUCUCGGCAAUGAAAAUCAAGAUUCUCGUCAAGAAAUUGAAGAAUUCGAACAAGACUCGUUGCGUGCUUUGAUGCCUCCGCCGCCGCCAAUUUUCACAACGCAACGCGGCACCCACGCGACGCAUCAUCACGAAACCUUCGAAAUGCCGAAUUUGAUGGAUGAGCAAUUCGAGCCCGGGGAAAAUAUGAGUUUUACACAAAGUCCGAGUCCCAAAAGGGUUUGCAAUCGCAUUCAAACGCCCGUAAUUUUCCGCAGAAGGCUCUCGGCAAUAAUUGAGGGAGUUCCGUCGCCCGAUGUUGGCAAAAUUAUAACAACUUGUGAGAAAUGCAAAAUACUCGAGGAAGAAUUGAAAGAAUUGUCGGAUUACACGAAACUCGAACAAAUGUAUCACGUACAUGACGAAAAUGAUCGACACAGCUGCGAAGAUGUCAUAGAGAACUUGAGAGCAGACUUGGAAGAGGCGAAACGAAUGUAA